ACAUUAAUGGCGGGUGCGCUUGCGUGAUGCCGGCUGCAUGUUAUUAUUGCUUUUAGUUUGGCGUCUUUUCGUUUAAAUUGUAGCGUCGAUUGUGUUCGCCGUUCUAAACUCAUCUUCACUUAAAUUAAAUAAUUGACUAUGGUGGCUCAAAAGCGAGGUCGCGGCGCGAAGGCCCAGGCGGCGAAGAAACAGGCUGCGCAGGCGGUGGAGGAGGUGCCGGAGGAGGUGGCGGAGGCCGUAGAGCCCGAGGAGAACAACGGGGACUCGGAGCAGGUCGAACAGGGCGAUGAAGGAGGCGCCGGUGACGCUCCCAGCGAAGAGGCCUCGCAGGCGGAGGGCGAGGCCGCUGAGGCCGGCGGCGAGGCACCUGCCGAGGAGCCCAAAGAGGAAAAGGUGGAGUCCGGCAAACUGCUGGUAGAGAACCUGCCUGCAAGCUACUUAUUUGACUACCAGGACAAGCUGAAGGAGCUGUUCUCCAAGCACGGGGAGAUCAAUGCCAUCAAACGUGGUCCAAUCAUUGUUACCGAACAGACCAUAACGCCGACACUCUCGGCUAUAGUCGAAUUCAAAAACAAAGACAGCCUGGAUAAGGCCCUCUCCGAGCAAGGGCGCGUCAUCGACGGAUCCCGUAUCUCGGUGGCGGUCGAGUCGCGCGCCGAGACCGCCGUGCUCGUCGGCGUGCCGUACGAGGCGGGCACGGAGUACGUGCGCCGACUCUUCAACCAGUGCGGCGAGGUCGCGCAUAUACACGAGUUCAGCAAGACCAAGUACAAGAUCCUCCGGGUGACGUUCCACAACAAGGAGUCCGUGGAGAAGGCCCUGAAGCUGGACCGCGAGCUGCGCGUCAACGGGUUCCUGGUGACCGUCUCCAAGUACCGCGACGAGGACGAGCAGAAGGCGCACUCCGCCAACGCCAACAAGAACAAGCGGCAGCACCCGCAGCAGCAGCAGAACCGCAACGCGAACGCCAACUCCAACGUGAGCCCCAACGCCAACCCGAACGCCAACCGCCAGAACAACUACCGGCCGCGCGGCGGCGCCUUCAACGCGCGCGGCAACUUCAGAGGCGGUCGCGGCCGCGGCGGCUUCCCCACGCGCGGGUUCCCGGCUCGCGGCGGCUUCGGCGCGCCCGUCAACAGCUACGCCAUGCCCGGAUUCAUGGGCGGUUUCAUGAACGACGGUCAGCGGCCAAACAAGCGGCCCCGGCUGUAAGCGGCCCCCGAUCCGUGUGUGUGUGCGUCCUACAGACUACAGUGACAUGUUACUUGCAGUAUCAUAUAAUAAAUCUAGCGAAUUGUAUUUACAUAAGUGCAUGGAAUAUAGGAGUAAGUUAUUGUCUUUUUGCAGGUAAUAAAUACUAUUACUAACAA